CUUCUCUGGAAGAAUAUACAUGUGUGUGUUUUCCAGGAAGAGAGUGAAACCCUCUGGUACUUUAUUCACUCUGAAUGUGAGUGUACCGUUUGUGCCGAGGGAAACAAUGAACACACAUUUUGUGCUACCAGAAAAACAGGAACAGCGUUUCAACUAGGAUGGAUGCUUAAAGAAGAUUUCCCUGGCUCAGAGGUGGGGAGGGGCUGCUCUUGUACCCCAGGAUUAUGUCCUGGCUGCUUGCUAGAACUUGCUUUCCAAAAAUUGCCCCCAAAGGCAGAUUCUCGUCUUGCAAAACAAGAGCAUGGAGCAGGGGACCGCUGACUGCAUACAUGCCAGAAGCUGCAGCCUUUCCUGGACCAAAGGACCACCAAGGGCUGUACCAGCUGUCUGUGGAACAGUCAGACAUAUUUUGGGGUGCACUUGGGAGAAGCAGGCUCACGUGGAUAAGCCCCUUUCACUGUGUCAGUUCCUGCAACCUACAGCAAGGCCAUUUGUCCUGGUUCCUUGGAGGGCAGCUGAAUGUAUCAGUUAACUGUUUGGAUCGACAUGUCCACAGUGCCCCAAAUAAAGUGGCUUUAAUCUGGGAAAAAGAUGAGCCUGGACAAGAGGACCAAAUUACAUACAGAGAAUUGCUGGAGAUGACUUGUCGCCUUGCAAACACUUUGAAACGAGAGGGAGUGAAGAAGGGAGACAGGGUGACCAUCUACAUGCCUCCCUGUCCGAUGGCUGUGGCCAGUAUGUUGGCCUGUUCAAGGAUUGGUGCCAUACACUCGGUGGUAUUUGCCGGAUUCAGCUCUGUUGCAUUGGCGGAGAGGAUCCAGGAUGCUACAUCUGAAACAGUGAUCACAGUGAACCAAGGCUUGCGAGGGGGCAAGGUUGUUGAACUAAAGCAGAUGGUAGAUCAGGCAGUGGAACUGUGUCCCACAGUGAAACGAGUUUUUGUUUCAAAGAGGACAGAAGGAAAGGUUCCCAUGACAGCCCUGGAUAUACCACUGGAAGAGGCGAUGAUGAAAGAGGAUGUGACCUGUGAGCCUGUUGCUCUGGAGAGCGAAGAUUUUCUGUUCCUCCUUUACACUUCAGGCAGCACUGGAAAACCCAAAGGUUUGGUCCACUCCCAGGCUGGCUAUUUGCUGUAUACUGCCAUCACACAUAAGUACGUGUUUGACUACCAUGAUGGAGAUGUCUUUGGGUGUGUUGCAGACAUUGGUUGGAUUACAGGACACAGCUAUGUGGUCUAUGGACCUUUGUGCAAUGGAGGAACUACAGUUCUUUUUGAGAGCACUCCAGUAUACCCUAAUCCAGGACGUUACUGGGAAACUGUAGAAAGAUUACAAAUAAAUCAGUUUUAUGGAGCCCCUACUGCUAUUCGCCUGCUGCUGAGAUAUGGGGAUGACUGGGUGAAGAAAUAUGACAGAUCUUCCCUCAAGAUCCUUGGCUCAGUGGGAGAACCUAUCAACAAGGAAGCUUGGGAAUGGUACUUCAAUGUGGUUGGAGACAGACGGUGCCCUGUAGUUGAUACCUGGUGGCAAACUGAAACAGGAGGUGUCUGCAUUGCACCUCGCCCUUCAAACCCAGGAGCUGAGAUCCUUCCAGCCAUGGCCAUGAGACCCUUGUUUGGCAUCAGUCCAUCCCUCAUGGAUGACAAGGGAAAUCUCUUAAAACAGAAUGAUGUCUCUGGAGCUCUCUGCAUCUCUCAGGCUUGGCCAGGUAUGGCAAGAACCAUUUACAAUGACCACCAGAGAUUCCUGGAGACCUACCUGAUGCCUUAUCCAGGAUAUUUCUACACUGGGGAUGGAGCAUAUCGGACGAGCAAAGGGUAUUACCAGUUGACAGGCCGCCUGGAUGAUGUAAUCAAUAUCAGUGGGCACAGACUGGGCACUGCUGAGGUAGAAGAUGUUGUGAAUACCCAUGGUGCUGUAGCAGAGUCAGCUGUGAUUGGCUAUCCUCAUGAGAUCAAAGGAGAAGGAGUCUAUGCAUUUGUUGUUCUGAAGAAAGGCUUUGCUCUGUCGCAAGAAAGCAUAGCUUCCGAGCUUCAAGAGCUGGUUGCCAAAAGGAUAGCAAAAUAUGCUGCUCCUGAAUAUGUUCAGGUGGUUCGGCGGCUGCCCAAGACUCGCUCGGGGAAGAUUAUGCGGCGGGUUCUGAAGAAGAUUGUAGAAAACAAAGCCAAUGAGCUAGGGGAUCUGACAACCCUAGAUGAUCAUGAUGCAGUGAAGGAGAUCAUUGAGGGACACAAGCAACUUCGGUCAGAAGAGUAGAGCCAACAGCCCAAAUACCUCAAGUGGCUCUGCAAGGGAUCAAGGGAUCCAGAUGUUCUACAAGCAGCAGACCUUCAUUGCCUUUCAACAAUCCCUUGCUGAGGAGGAAGCAGGCCUACUCACUAGGAAUGAGAAGCCACUGACAAAGCCACAAAGGCAUUAUUUGCCCAAGAGUUAUAGGGAGCAUACUGAGGAACAGGAAGGAUGGGCUGCUUAAUACUGGGCAUCAGAUUUCUCUUCUUCAGAAGCACUCCCAGGUAGGACAAAGCACUUAUAGAUUCGUUAUACAAUAUUAUAACAGAAAUGCAGGGUUGUGUAUUACAUACCCCUAAAUUCCAAUUCAAAAACCAUCGCAUGUCAAGACAAAACUAGCUGGUAGUUGUCUAUGCCAUCCCAAAUUCACACCACCUCAUGAUUUCACCACCUGAUGCUUCUGAGAUGUGAUGAAAAGGAAAACAGGGAAGCACCACAAUUGCACUAAUGGAAGAAACAUUAGUACAGGGUGCAGUUUAGAAGCCUGAUGUAAUAACCUUCAGAUGCUUCACACUGACCCCUUCUGGAUACUGGACUCUUAAACCAGUAUUUAAUAUCCUACAUUUUCAAGUUUUAAUUCUAAUUUUAACUCAAAUGAGUUAACCAAUUUUUAAGAAGCAAACAGCACGAAAAAAGGAAACCCCCCCUCAAAAAUUCUCUCUUAAGAGUAUGCAUAAAUUCAACAGGUUCUCUAUUAUGCAACUCUGAUCCUGCCAUCACAGGACAGGAAUGUCCAUCUGCUUCAAAAAGGAGAAUUUUC